AAGCUGACAGUUGACUUUUAAUAAGAAGUGCAAUUGAGUGAAGAAAAGCGAAAAGCAAUAAUGUUUUCAAUGAGAAAAAAUUUAAUCAACCAAUGACUCGAAAGCUUUUCCAGAUUCGUGAUCAUUUACUUUUGGAAUAUACAAGUGAUAUUGAAACAUUUAAACAUGUAACAUUUCCUAUUAAUCCGACCGACAAUAUUCCCAAUAUCUGACAUUUACAGUGCAUUCAGUGGGUUGAACACAAAUAAUCAAACAGUGUUUAUUAAUGAAUUGUGGUCAAAUAUAAAUAAUGUGUUGAUGUGGGACUAUUAAUGAAAUAUGGAAAAAGUAUGGAAGUUCGUGUGUUUGUGUUUAGUUGUAUGCUUUUUUAAAUUAUGUAACGGAUUGCCAAUUCCUUUGGAAAGUACCAUCCCAGGUACUUCGGUGCAAUUACUGCCGGGGGUCAUAGGAAUUCUAUUAACAGUCUGCACCGUCUUUUUAUUGGUGGGCUGUCUUUGCUGUCACCGUCCUAGUGGAUUCAAGGAAUUCCGAGACAGUCCUGUGGGAGUAUCCACUGUCGGCACUGUUGAUAAUGGUCUAGUCAAUCCGAUAGCGGAGGGUGCUUUCACCAUAUUUGCCCCCUUGGGGCAUCAGAACUUUUCAUCGUCUAAUGAUAGGCUUCGAUUGGAAGAAGAAUAUAGCUAUGGAGAUAUUAACGUCAGCUCCUGGUUCAACGAGGGGGUUUACGACUUCCCCAGAACCAAGUUGAAAUACAUCAAAGAGCUCGGCAAGGGUUGGUUUGGAAGUGUGGUGGAGGGCACCGCCCAAGAUCCACAAGACCACACAUGGACACCGGUCGUGGUCAGAAUUUUGGACUCGACAGCUUCGGCCAAAGAAAAGGUGUUCUUCCUACACGAAGCUGAGAUAUACAGGUGCGGGAACCACACAAACCUCCUAAAACUUCACGGUAGAUGUUUGGAUUCGGAACCUUUUCUGUUGCUUCAAGAACUUUGUCCUCAGGGAGAUCUCAAGGGUUACCUAUGGUCCAAUAGAACGAAUAAUAACCUUCUUGCCUCAGAAUAUCCCUUGAUAUGGUGCUGCCAGAUCACUUCAGCCUUAAAGUUCCUACACGAGAAAGGACUAGCACAUUCGGACCUCGCCUGCCGAAACUGCCAGCUGACCUCCAACCUCACCGUGAAGCUGGGCGACUACGGCCUGGCCUCCACCAAGUACCCAGGCGAUUACUACGAGGGCAUACCGACCAUAUCGGUGCGAUGGUGCGCGCCGGAAUCGAUCAGACACACCAGCACCACCAUACAGCCGGACAGGGUGACCAGGGAGGCUAAUGUGUGGUCGUUGGCGGUGUGCUUCUGGGAGAUAUGCGAGCAGGGAGCGAGACCUUACGUCGACCUGACGGACGACGAGGUCAUCACCCAGGUCUUGGGCAAGGCGCACGUCAGACUGCCCAGGCCGUCGCACAUGGUUCUCUACACGGAUUACAUCUAUCGCCUCAUGCAAUCCUGCUGGCUGACUCCGGAAUCCAGGCCUACCUCGACCCAGAUCUACCUGACCCUCACCGAUCUACUCCAGGUGUUCACGGUUUGCAAGUCCGAGGGUCAGGGCUCGCAGUCCGACCUUCAGGGAUCGCAGGAGUCGUUCGACCAGCGAUGGAACUCCCUGAAACCGAACAACAACCCGAGCACUGCCGAACGGGUCGUCGUCCAACCUUCGUCUCCCAGUAUGAACAACCUGAUUGGUUCGAUGGAGGACAUGGACAGAUCGAGGACGUCGGAAGAGGAUAACGCCCACUCUGUUUUGCUGCCCACCAAACAGAACCAGAAGUUUGAGUUCGAACUCAGCGGUCAGUCGAAGGAACCCCUGGAAACUGACAGUUUGGACGACAGUAUGGUCUACAACAUGCGCAGAAGCAGCAGCAGCGAGACGGAGGAGGAGAACUGGAAGAAGAAGAUCGAGAGGGGCGCCUACACGGAAAAAGUGCGUCAGAAAUCCAAAUCGGUCACCGAUCUGAUGGUGCUCACCCACAUCGACUGUUCGGAGUCGGAAUCCGAAACCCCCCAACCCAGCCUGGAGCCUAGGGUGACCUACAAGAACGUGCGAUUGGCGCCCAAACAUAACCUGGAGAGCGCCAACCACGUGCACGGCAGCGAGGGCAAUCUGCUCAGCGUGCAGGACGAUUUUCAGGCCGAGCUUAGGAAACUGCAGGAGGAACAUAGGGAUAGUCUAUUUUUUGUACCUGAUAAAUAUAGUCAAACUUUAAGAAAUGAACAAGUAAACAAUAAUUUAGAUUUAGAUAGGGAUAGUGGCGUUGGUGCUAGUUCUUCCAACGAGAGGUUAAUCAAAGAAUUGAGCGGUACCAGUGAACUGCCGCCGGUGAACCAAGUGUACAAUGUAUUUAACGUUACCAUUGAUAAACUGAGUCCGAUACAUGUGGUCAAACUGAACGAGAUCAUCAAUUUGGAGGAGUCCCUGGAGUAUGGGGAGAACAAGACUUUCGUGUCUUACGAAGUGCCGAAAUUGUGCGAAAUAAUACAGAAUAAUUCUAUUGUGGCCAAUUUACCGGUUGAUAACGAAGGGAAUCAUUAUAGUUUAACGUACGAGAACGGGAAUUCUGAUCUGACGCCUUUGGAUACAUCACACAGUGUAAAUUGUCUAGAAUCUCCACAAAACAUCCUUCAUUCACCAAUUGCCGAUUUAGAACAUGAGAUAGCGAAAGAAAUUCCACAACACCCUGCCUCAAGCUCUGAAGAGCACAUUAUUGGAAUAGAAUCUCCUGAAGAUACGUUUAAAGAAAAAAGAUCAAUAACUGAUACUCCAGAUAUUCCAAAUUCUACACUAGAUCUUACAAAAUCAGAAAUUAUCUCGAUUUCUGCAGAUCAGGUGGAAACGGAAUCUCCUUGUGAGAAACAUGAAGAUACAGUUGAAGAAAAAGAAUCAAUAAGUAAUAUUUCAAAUAUUGUUAACUCAACACUAAACUUUAUAAAGGAAGAAAUUAACUAUAUCGCUGCAGAACAAGCGAAAAUAGAAUCAUCUUGUGAAAAACAUGAAGAAGAAGAUAAAGAAGAACCAAUAACAAAUAAUUCAAAUACAAUUAACACAACAUUAGAUCUUCAAAAGGUUGAAACUGCAACUAACUGUACUGAAGGAGAAUUAGAAGAACAUCAAACAAUCUUACAAGAUGAAGAAGAAUCAGCAAAGGAAAAUUUACCAACAGAAAGUAUAGAAAACAAACCAGACAAAAUAAAGAACGGAAUGAUUAACUUUAAGACUGAAGAAUCUUACGUCGAUGAAGUAAGUGAUAUAGAAACGAAUGAAAAACAUGACUUAUGUGUUCCUGAUAAUCAACCUAUUUGUGAUGAAUCAGUAUUAAAUGAUAAAAUUAUAUUAGAUCCUAAAGAAUUAACAGAAAGAGAAGAAGUUUCAGAACAAACAAUUUGCAAUGAAUUAAAAAAUGAUUCCACCUCGGUUACAGAAGAAAUUGUCAGGGAAAAUUUGGAGAAUGAAAUGCUGCAAUUGAAUGGAAAUUGUGGAGAAGUAAUGUUACUUUCCAAUGAAAAAUGUGAAAAUAUAGAGCCACUAACAGAGGCAUGUAACGGUCACAACGAAGACCAUCCAAGUUUGAAUCUACAAGACCUUGAAAGUACAGAAAAGAUCUCUCUCGAGAAGGUGGAAACUUCUGAAUCGUCCCCUUCUACGUUACAGGACAGCUUAGAAUCGUUCAGUAACGGAGAUGGAGAGAAAAAAGAAUCGGAACAAAGUUGCGAAUCGUUAGAACUACUAAACGAUAGGAACAAAAAUACACUCGAAAAUCUGUACGUGUUUCAAAUGGGGGAAGACUUGAACUCUUUCGAGAUGAAUUCCCAGAUCUCAGAUGCGGAUUUUUCGCAGAUAAGCGGCAAUUAUAGAAAAAUUGAAAGCGAUUCGGUGUACGAAACAGAAGAUACGAUGCCACACAAUGAAACGGUGGUGGUCGAAGAAGAAACGAUUUUGAAAACGAGUUUUGUAGAGAAUGAAGUUAAGAGAAUCGAAGAGAGCCAAAACAAGACAAACUGCCAAGAAGAUCUGAAAACUCCAACAGAAGCCAAACCUUGCAAAGUGCCAAAACUGAUCGAUCUUAUCGAGAACAACGAUAAACUGAUGGAUUUCAUAAUAACGAGCUACGAGUCUGAGUUAAACGACGAUUUGAGCUGCGAGAGCAGUUUCAAAACCAACGCGUUGGAGCAACAAGGUGCGAUAGCGCAGAAACCUGAUGAAGAAGAUGUUGAAGAUUACCCUACGGUAGCCUUCGACCUCAGCGACUCCCAAGCAGCCUCCAAUCCUAACCCGUUAACUCACCUCAACGCCUUCAGUUCGUUGAGGGUCAAGCAAAAAUCGUCGCUUGAGCUCAUUUCUUCGACGCCUAGCAAGAAACCUAGGGAUUCUGAAGGGGAGAACCCCGAUGAUAGCACCAACCUGAACUACUCGUUGGAAACCUGGGAUAACUUCCUUGGUAACGCCAUAGACACGCAGACCAAGAACAUAAACGAUCAGAAUGUGGUCUUCGAGAGCCUCAGUUCGGAACCGCAGAGCAUGUUGUUCAUAGAGGGCGCUGAUUCGACGACCACGCCCCCUAACAGCGACAUAGAGGUGAGUUUGGAGGGGGGAUUUCUGGAUGACGUGUACAAGAACCAGACCAUCAAUAUAGAGGGAGAGGAGGAGCAUAACCUGGAUGAGACCUAUGAGGUGGAAGAGUCCGAACUGAACAGGACGUAUGAUGUUGACACUCUUGAAGGGUCUUUGUCUGCGGAAGAUUGUGCCACGGAUGACCAAGAUGAAUCCGGUACCUGGGAAUCGAGUGGAGGAUGGUUCUUGCACCCUCAGUCCAGUAGCAGCAUCUCGGGUCAAAUCGAACAGAAAGGUUUGAAGAAUAGCGAUAGAUUUGGGAUGGAUGAUGAAAUACUUGCCGCUCUAAGGGGAGAACUGUUGGCCAAGUUACCACACGCACAGGGAUCAACUAGUGAUAAACUCAAGGAGAACAAUGAGGAGUGGGAUCCAAGCGAGAAAGAGGAAGUUUUCUUGAGGUAUAACGUAUAUAAUACACCUCUAUCGCCAAUACCUGAGGAAAGCGAAAACGAAGAUGAUUCAGACUACGUUUGCACUGCCACCGGCAGUCCAGCCUCCGGAGCUAGCGACGAUUGGCCCGAGAAACUCCUCGAGGACGCCGCCCCGCACGAGAACGACAGUCAGUCGCUCAAAGCGCAGGGUCUCCACCAGCAGCACACCCUCAGUCAGGACUCCUGCUGCUCCAACGACACCCUUUUCAACCUGGAGGACAUGACGUACGUCGUGGCCGACCAGGAGGACAAGACCGAGUCUUCGUCCGACCAAACGGAAGAGGCGGCCAAGAAGCUCGUGGACGAGCAGAUCAAAAGGGACGCCAUCGAUUACUUCCGGAUGGGCACGGCGGUGGGCAUGCCCCUAGACAGCCCGGUCGUCGACCUGGAGAGCCCCAUGGACCAAUCCGUCCCCGACAAGACCUACCUAGCGGAUUUUCUGUUUAGGGAGAGGGAGCACAGCGAGCUCGUAUCGGUAGUGGUCACGGAACCGCAGGAGGGCCGGUCCGACUCGAACUCCUCCCAGUCCGUCCCUAUGGACAAGACAGCCGCCCCGCUGCCCUCUCCAGACGACCACCCCUGGAAACAACUGUCAGACUCGCUGCUGAAGAAGGGAUUGUUGGACGUCGGUCGCAAGGGCUCCGAUGACAGCGAGACUCAGGAUUCCGUCACGUACGAGAACGUCGAAGGCGUGGUUAAAGACGAAACGGAUCCUCCCUCCUACGCUAAUUUGAGCUCGGAAGGCGGAGCUAACGACGGCGAGGUCGAAGAUACGCCCACUUACACCAACGAGUCUCCUCACUACAUCAACGUGAAUUCGGAGGGCGGAGCCAACGAUGAGAUCGAUCCGCCCACCUACACUAACGUAAAAGACGAAGGGGGCACGCCCCACUACAUCAACGAGUAUUCGGAAGGCGUGAUUAAGGACGAAAGCGAACCGCCCCUUUAUGAGGAGGUGAAAGGAGGUCAAGAAUUGCCGAGCUACGUGAACUUGAACGGCGAUGCAGCGGUUUACGAGAAUGUAGAGAACGUUGGCGAUAUCCUGAACGAGGAGGACUACGUGAACAUCACGAAUUUGGAAAACGCGAAGAUCAGCGCUGACCUAGAGAAGGCGGGGCUUGACGGUGAGUUGCGCUGUUUACUUCAUCAAUUUAAAAGCUCCCCUAAGGCGGAUUGUAUCGAGGAUGAUCUGAUAAUAGGAAACGGCGAGGAAGAACAGGACGAUCAAUUGUUUGGCGUUUUGACCGACAUCCGGUUCAGCGGACCGGGGGAAUCCCACCUCAUGUCAACCUCUUUUAGCGAGAGCAACGAUAUCCAGAAUGAGCAGGACUGGGAAAGUGGAUCGGAUACCAGGUCCAGCUCUAGUGGAGAGUUCAUUUGGAGGGAGGGUGAGCAUGAAGAGUCCCUCAAAGCUCUACAAGCCCUCCCACAAGAUAUGUUGGAUGACCUUGAGCCCAAUCAUGGUGCCAAAACGGAGACAUCUAGUGAGAGUAGUUGCAGUGACGAUGAGGGUGAAUGUCCAGAAUUCAUCCCCAGUGCUUGGGACAAGUAUGCAACACCUACAAAAUCUGCCCUUCGUUCGCCUGAGAAAACUCUGGAAAAAGAGGAAAAGAAAAAGGGAGUCUGGUUCAAAAAACAAAGAUACCACUGCGUCUACGAAUAUCCCAGAGAACCAGACAGUCCGAUUCUUCAGAGUUUCGAUCUUUGGAACAAUCCUCCUCCAGCAACUUCGUACCCAGAAUGGUACUUCGACAUUGAUUCCACCUCAGAAUUCAGCGAUUUUUCAACAGCCACGAACUUCACAGAAGGCGAGACGCUAUCAACAGAUUUCAAUACUUCCUUCACCAGCGAGUUCUUCGUAACGGGUUCUGCCACACCGUUCAAUAUGAUGGGGAGUACCAGUUCCCAGUUCUUCCCAGGCGGUGACCACUGGUCGGAAUCUUCGAAACUCAACGAUAACACCACCCCAGACAGCGGCGUAGAAGACGUAACCCCUGGAAGCAUGGAACGGCUGGAUCUGCCCAGUAUAGGCCCCUCUGCAGUACCAAGCCUAAAACUCUUGGCCGAAAUCGCAUGCGCCAGCUCGAGGCAGAAAGACAAGGAAAACCGGACCAGCGAAAUCCUGGGCGGCCUCAGGCAUACCAGAGACAAGCUGAAACUUGACCUACCGUCAAGCCCAAACACGUUCACCUCGAACAAGACCUUCAAUCUGGAACCCAACGUCGAACCCGUGGUUCUGAGAGAAAGACCUGCGUUUACCACGUUCGGAAAGAGCAGGUUCUUGGUGCAACAUGUGGAUACCCCGGAUAGGGACGAGACCAGCAACGUCUGCUUCGAAGCGCUUCCCUACAAACCCCUGGACCGGAAAGAGGUCGAGACCAAGGCGAAAAAGAUCAACAAGGAAGAGGAAAAAGGCGAGGCCAGUCUGCUGGACAGCGCGGACGAGGACAGCGGGAUAGAAUCCAGCACCCUGGAGAGGAAGUCGAGUGACGUAGGUAAACUCAUUGUGGAUUUGUAAAUAAGAACCGGUUUUUAUUUCGAUCGUUACUAUUUGUAAAUUUUGUUAUUUUUAGAUCUAUUAAUAUAUUGUUCAUUGUGUUUUUAUGUUGAACUUGAGAAAGGUUUAUUAUUAUUCGAUUAUAUAUAGUGUGGUGAAUUGUGAUCGGGGUUGCGUUGUUUAGCUGAAAAUUUUUAAUUUUCACCGUCGCGUAUAGGCCUUGUAACAUAUCCCUUUUUUUUAUCGAACCUUGGCAGAAAUGGUGGAAUUGAAUCUCACUCUCUCUGGUGUGUGUGUGAGAAUUUUUUUUUUAUUGUUCUCUUUCAUAUCCAAAUGUGUAAAAAGUCAUUAAUUAAUUUGUUGUGUCGUUUCCAUCAAAAGUGGAAAUUUCUUUUAGAAUAAUUUUUUCUUGAAAAAAAAAGUUUUAGUAAAUAGAACAACUUGAAAACUUAAUAUGUUUUCUUUCUGUUUGAGAAAAUUUGUAUUUUCGUUAUUGAAAGUUGCCAUAAAUAUAUUCAAAAUAUUCUGAUGGAAUUCACUACUUCAGUUACCAGAACGAAACCAAAGAAUGGCGAAGAUCUAAAGAUGUACAUUAUUUUGCACUUAUUCGAAUUGUAGAGUAUUUUAAUUUUUUCAAUCGUUUUAUAUUUUUGUGUUGAAUUUUAAAAUUAACGAUUUUGGCGAACACAAUAUUGGUAAAUGCUUACAAAACCGCCCCCUCAUAUCUAUCACUUCUUUUUUAUUAUUUUUCAUUGAAAAUGAUCAUUCUAGAAUGAUUUUGUUGGUUUUCAAACUAAAAUAAUAAAAAAGUGAAAAAUAGGAGAGAGCAGUUUUGAAAACAUUUACCCAAAUUUUUAGUAUAAAGAGGAAAGGAAAAUAGGAAUAUUUUCAAAUCCGAAGAACUUCAAGGUUACAAAUAAACAAAAAUAUGAAUUUUCAUCAAUUAAAAGCCGAGUCAAUUGAAUAAUUAUUCCAGGUUAUUUUGGAUAUGCUUAUGUCUUCGUGCGAUUUCAAACAUCUUAACAAACGUUGUGUUCAAACACUGCUCUCAGUCUUAAUACUUGCUUGCUCUUUAAUUUCUAAACCGCUAAUGAUGGAAACAAGAAUUAUCAUGUUUUAAGGAAGCAUCUCAUAUCAAUUAGUUUUAAGCUUGUAAUUUUCAACUUCCAACUAUUCAUAUUCUUGCCUCGAAUACUUCAUAGUGCCAAAAAUUUGUCUUCAUUUCUUUGCGUGUCGAAUUUUUCAAGUAAUAUUCAUUUUAAAGAUUGGAAACAACCACUUGUUGUAUUUUCUUUUUUUGCAAAAUUUUACGGAAUACCGAAUUAAUUUCGUUUGUCUUCGAAUCAGUUUUUGUUCACUUAAUUUUUUUUAAAUAUUCAAUUACUUUCUUCGAGUGAUGAAGAAAAUGUUUUCCUCCGAAAGGUAACCAACAAACUUCGUGUCUGUAUUUUUUUAUUGUAUCGAUUAGUAUCCAAAGGUGUUUAUCAACCGUUUUGCAGAAAAAUUUUGUUAUAAAGGAGGUGGUUACUGCAUUUAUCAAAAUUUUAACCUUUUUUCCAAUUUAUAUCAAUUGUAGAUAUAUUUAAAUUAUGAUUUUAUAUCACCUUAGAACCAAUCAAUAAUAAUUUUUAAGUAAUUGUCUCCUCGUUAUUGAUCUUUAAUUGAAUGUACUAUUCCCUGAAAACUCCAAGAAUCCAUUAAUUCACUCUUCAUUAUGUGAUAACUGUUGAAAUUAGAACCUAAGGACUUAGAUGUAGCUCUAUUUGUAUCUUUUUUUACAAGUGCUACACAAAAUUGAUAUCUUCCAGGUUGAAUAUUAAUCUUUGUAUGCUGUUUAUUCUCAUAUGAUAUUGUGAUUACGACUUUCGAAUUCUUUGUAGGUGAUUAUUACUUGUAGUAUAUGUCCGUAUCGGAUCAUAAUGUGAUUGGUUGAAUAUUUCUUGUAUUACUAGUAUUGUAGAUUAGAUAACUAUAAUAAAUGUUCACAACUA